GCGAGCCUUUCACGAAUUGCGAGGUAAUGGCGGUCAUGGCGAUCAUUGCGUUGACCCUUCUCAUGAUCACGCGAUGCCCGUUUACUGCGUCGUCCCUUGGGCCAUGGAGUUGGGGGAGGCAGAUAGGGAGGCCUUGCAGCACAACGCCAGGAACGGCCAAAAACGCAAGGUGGCUCCCCCUCGCGCGGCCCUGAUGGAGCUAUGGGACGUGUGCCUGUCCAUGGAGGUUGGCCUGAACAAGCUCUGGGCAGGUGUAGGAUUCGAGGCCGAUCCCCCGAAUAUGCACAAUUUCGACGGUGCCCUGGAGUUCGGCCUUGGACUUACGAGAACAAAGCAGCAGGCCCCCUUGUGUUGGCAUAGGACUAUGGGAAUGGGAUUGUUCAAGGACCAUAAGGAGGGGGCCCGCGGCGGGAGAGUGGUCCACUGCCUGCUCGCGAUGGGCAAGGCGUACUGCGCCAAGCGCUUGAGUCCCUUGUACGCGGCGGGCUGGUCGUACGGCGUCGCGUUCAAGGACAUGGCCAACGCAUUCGGCAGCAGCGAUUCGCCCACGCUGAGCGAC